CUGUACAUUUUCUAGUGUCAUUGUAUAUUUUUGUCAAUUCAUUAGCUUGGGGAUUUUGUGAGACGUAACUAGAAAACAUCUUUAUUGUCUCAUGUAUCGCACCGUUUAUCAAAAGGGGUGUUUUUCGGUGUUGUAUAGUGUUGGAGGACGUCCAUUAGAUAAUUGGUCUAUUCAUACCCAAAAUGGCUAUGUGAAACGUGUUUUGGAUGAUGAUAUCAAAUCAAUGGUCAUCGAAAUAAUGGGCACAAAUGUUUCCACAAUGUAUAUCAGUUCGCCACGGGAUCCCAGAAAAGAGUUGGGAAUUAAGUUACCAUUUCUGGUAUUGCUCAUCAAAAAUAUGCACAAAUGCUUUACAUUUGAAGUGAAGAUCAUUGAUGACCAACGUUUUCUGCGACGUUUUCGUGUAUCGAAUUUCCAAAGUAAAACCUCGGUGAAACCAUUUUGUACCUCAAUGCCGAUGGGUAUGUCAGCCGGGUGGAAUCAAAUUCAUUUUAAUUUAGCCGAUUUUACACGUCGAGCAUAUGGGACAAAUUACAUGGAAACUGUACGUUUACAAAUACAUGCCAAUGUUCGGAUACGUCGCAUAUAUUUUACCGAUCGAUUGUACCAAGAGAGUGAACUACCCAAUGAAUAUCGACUGAUACAACAACCAAAAACUAAAAAAUCGUUGAUAUGGAAAAUCCCUGCAGCUCGGCCACCAUCUCCACUUUCAAAUCGUAUUCAAGCAACAAAUGAUAAACAAGUGCCUGCAACAGCAGAUGACACCAGAAGCAUUGGAGGCAUUACAAAUACCAUAGAUGAUAUUGAUUUGACAGAAAUAGCGCCCUCCGAAAAGGGUGAUUAACAUAUAUA